ACUUGAUCCAAACAAAAAUAAUAACCAGACGAUAUUUGAUUCCUCUCCCACUUUCUUCCUCCCAAUCCUGACUCUUCUUCUUCUUCCUACGCUUGUCUUCAUCUCCUCACUCUCAUCCAUCUUCCUCGUCUGUUCUCAGGAUCUCCUUCUACUCUUCCUCCGAUUCACCCUCCUCCUUAUCGGAUCUCUGCCUUCUUCGUCUCUUCUCUUUCACUGUCUUCUGUGUUACUUUGGAUUUGCCAGGUUUCUGCUGAGAUUCGUCCUUGAUUUCAACAGUUUUGUUUGCUCCAAGCUUGGCCUCUCCGAGAUUUGACGGGACAAUCGAAUCUUCAGGAUUUUAGUUUUUUUGGUUCUCGAUCUUAGCGUUUGUUCGACGAUGGAGGAUCCCGAUAUUAAGAAGUGUAAAUUGAGCGCCGUGACCGUGGAUGACGUCAUCGAGCAAGUGAUGCCGUACAUAAAGGACUCGAAAGACCGAGAUUCCGCUUCUCUGGUGUGCCGGAGAUGGUUCAAGAUAGACUCGGAGACGAGGGAGCACGUCACCAUGGCCCUGUGCUACACAUCGACUCCUGAUCGUCUGAGCCGUCGGUUUCCGAACCUGAGGUCUCUCAAGCUCAAAGGGAAGCCUCGAGCCGCUAUGUUCAAUCUGAUCCCUGAGAACUGGGGAGGAUUUGUAACCCCUUGGGUUCACGAGAUAGCUGUGUCGCUGCGUCAGCUCAAAUCUGUGCACUUCCGGCGAAUGAUUGUCAGCGACUUGGAUCUGGAUGUUUUGGCUAGGGCGAGGUUAGAUGAACUCGAGGCUUUAAAGCUCGAUAAAUGCUCUGGUUUCUCCACUGAUGGACUCUUGAGCAUCGUUAAGCAUUGCAGGAAAAUAAAAACAUUGUUAAUGGAAGAAAGUUCAUUCCUUGAAAAGGAUGGUAAAUGGCUUCAUGAGCUUGCUCUGCACAACACGUCUCUUGAGGUUUUAAACUUCUACAUGACUGAGUUUGCCAAAAUCAGCCCCAAAGACUUGGAAACAAUAGCUAGAAAUUGUGGCCGCUUGGUUUCUGUGAAGGUCGGUGACUUUGAGAUUUUGGAGCUAGUUGGAUUCUUUAAGGCCGCAAGUAAUCUUGAAGAAUUUUGUGGUGGCUCCUUGAAUGAGGACCUUGGAAGACCUGAGAAAUACAUGAAUCUGACUUUCCCACCAAAGCUAUGUCGUCUGGGCCUCUCUUACAUGGGACCUAAUGAAAUGCCAAUACUAUUUCCAUUCGCGGCCCAAAUCCGGAAGCUGGAUUUGCUUUAUGCAUUGCUCGAAACCGAGGAUCAUUGUACACUAAUUCAAAAGUGUCCUAAUUUGGAAGUUCUCGAGACAAGGAAUGUAAUCGGGGAUAGGGGUCUGGAGGUUCUUGCACAAUACUGUAAGCAUUUGAAGCGGCUGAGGAUUGAAAGGGGUGCAGAUGAGCAAGGUAUGGAGGACGAAGAAGGCUUAGUCUCACAAAGAGGACUAAUCGCUCUGGCUCAGGGAUGCCAGGAGCUAGAAUACAUGGCGGUGUACGUCUCAGACAUAACUAACGAAUCUCUUGAAAGCAUAGGCACAUAUCUGAAAAACCUCUGUGACUUCCGCCUUGUGUUACUCGACCGGGAAGAGAGAAUCACAGAUUUGCCUCUGGACAACGGAGUCCGAUCCCUCUUGAUGGGGUGCAAGAAACUGAGACGGUUUGCAUUCUAUCUCAGACAAGGCGGCUUAACGGACGUGGGCUUAAGCUAUAUCGGACAGUACAGUCCAAACGUGAGAUGGAUGCUCCUGGGUUACGUAGGUGAAUCAGACGAGGGUCUAAUGGAAUUCUCAAGAGGUUGUCCGAAUCUACAGAAGCUAGAGAUGAGAGGUUGUUGCUUCAGCGAGCGAGCAAUCGCUGCAGCGGUUAUAAAAAUGCCUUCUUUGAGAUACCUCUGGGUACAAGGUUACAGAGCAUCGAUGACGGGACAAGAUCUGAGGCUGAUGGCACGACCGUACUGGAACAUAGAGCUGAUUCCGUCUAGAAGAGUCCCGGAAGUGAAUCAGCUUGGAGAGGUAAGAGAGAUGGAGCAUCCGGCUCAUAUACUUGCCUAUUACUCACUGGCUGGUCAGAGAACAGAUUGUCCACCAACUGUUAGAGUCCUCAGGGAGACAUGAUGAUGAUCCAAUCAGAGGUUUGUAUAUAAAGGUUUGGUUUAUCUUUUUUAGUCUCAAGAUUUUUGGGGUUUCAAUGAACUGUGUAAUGAAUUCUUUUUUUUUUUUUUUUUUUUUUCUGUUGUAUCGUCGUCAAUGGUUUUGAGAGAUUUACAUAAUAUCUUGUUUGUAAGGGCAUAUCACUAUUUUUUUUUCCACGGGGGGUACUCUCUACUCGUUUCUUUUUUUUUUUGAAUAAAAAACCAUCGAAGAUUUUGAGAGAUAUAUCGU